UUCCCCUUUUACGACAGUUUUCCGGCCGAGACUGCGGCCGCUACUGCCGUGUUUCUUGGGGCGCCCGCGCCUGGACGGUUUGUCCCUGCCAGCAGUGUCCGCGUUGCUUUCUGGUAAAGGCGUGGAGCUGGUGGCUGCGGCCUUUUGGCUGGGAUGAACCGCGCUCUCCGUGGAGGCAGGGGAGCCGAGCCGGAGCCAUGGCCAGUACAGUGGUAGCAGUUGGACUGACCAUUGCUGCUGCAGGAUUUGCAGGUCGUUAUGUUUUGCAAGCCAUGAAGCAUGUGGAGCCUCAAGUAAAACAAGUUUUUCAAAGUCUACCAAAAUCUGCCUUCAGUGGUGGCUAUUACAGAGGUGGGUUUGAACCCAAAAUGACAAAACGAGAAGCAGCAUUAAUAUUAGGUGUCAGCCCUACUGCCAAUAAAGGAAAAAUAAGAGAUGCUCAUCGACGAAUUAUGCUUUUAAAUCACCCAGACAAGGGAGGAUCUCCUUAUAUAGCAGCCAAAAUCAAUGAAGCUAAAGAUUUACUAGAAGGUCAAGCUAAAAAAUGAAGUAAAUGUAUGAUGAAUUUUAAGUUCUUAUUAGUUUAUGUGUAUGAGUACAAGAUUUUUAUAAUAAAAUGCCUCAAAGCUACAAAUUU